AUGAUUAAAUUGAUAGUCACAAUAAGUCAUUUGAGCUAAUUGAUUAUUCAUUCUUGGUUUAUGUAUUAAUGCGCAUUGACAUUUUAUCCUGGAAAUAUAGCAGAAACUUUAUGGAAUCAAGUAAAAUAUUUGACAAAUUUUUCAAAUUGGGCGAUGUUUACUUAUUUAAUACCUUUUGUCAUAUAUGAUUUCAAAAAUUACAAUGCUUCAAGAAUUCAAGAUAGAUAUCCAUAAAUUGUCAAUCUAUUGUUUCAAGGAAUUAAUCCUAUUUUAUUUUUGGUAAUGGCAACUUAUUAAAUUUUUAUUAUAAUUGAUCCUAAUCUCUUAGUAUUAGAUGGAUUUCAUCCUACUUAAUGGUAAUUGGUAAUACUUGCAUAUUUACAUCUAGGAAAUUGGCUUUUGAUGUAAAACAUAGUUAUUGUCUUAGGCAAAUCGAGUAUAUUUUGUAUGAGCACUAGCAAAUUCCUAAACUAAAGCUAUUUGGAUUUUUUUUCACAUAUACAUUUAUCUAUUUAUUUAUAUAUGGUAAAUUUAGUCAAUAAAAAUAGGUUGUUAUUUUUUAAUUAAAGGAAAACAUGUUUAUGGCUUCUAAAAAAAUCUAAGCUUCCCAAUUGUUGUUGUGAUAAACAUCUUUUAAUUUUUAAUUAUAUUUUCUGUAGAUUUUGUUUAUGGAAGAGUGACAAGAUCAAAUUUUUUCAAGAAGUUUAUUCUUGAAAAUUAUUUAAUGAAUAAUUAAAAUAGAAAUCAAAAGAAAAAAUAAUGA